AUGUGCGUUUCUCCACACACAGAUGCCUGCACCUUCCACCCCGGGGUGCCUGUGUUUCACGAUGCGCUCGAGGCUUGGUCCUGCUGCGAAAGACGCACUACAGACUUCUCAGACUUUACCUUCAGAUAGUUGGUAGUUGGCUGUAGCAGGGGUCCCCUCAACAGUGGGAAGCCAGCAGAAGCGGUGCGUCCCGAGGUGAAGACUCAGGAGCUGAAACCCAGAGGAAAUCCUUACAUUAUUCAAGCUCCCAAACCCCCGGAGCAGGUUCGGGCUGAGGUUGACAGUUUUGACCAAAAUGGCAUUAAACACAUGGACAACACAGAUGAAGAGCUGGAUGAGGUGAAGCUUGGUACUUCCUGUAAGAAUGUAGGAUGUUCUAAGUGUUAGUCUGGACCAACAAGUGACGGGGAAGUGCGCAAACACCACCCUGGAGUUCCUGUUGUCCUUGAGAGUAUGAAGUACUGGAGCUGCUGCAGGAAGAAAACAUAAGACUUCAUCUCCUUUUUGUCCCCAGGCUGCACUACAGGAAGUCACCUCUGGAGAAAAAAUAACCAGGGGAUGAAGGUGAUGCCGUGUAGGUUUGACUGGCCAGGCAGUCAGGUAAUCAUCUCCGUCUAUGCCAAGAACGCCCUACCAGAGCUGAGCUACGUGGAGGCCAACAGCACCGCGGUGAACAUGUGUGCGGUGUUUGUGGGAGAUAAAGAGUUUGAGCAGAAAAUCAGUUUAUGGGGGGCUGUGGAGGUGAAGAGCAGCGUGGUGAGCCUGAUGGCUGCAAAGAUGGAGGUGUCUCUGAAGAAGACUGAGCAGGAGGAAACCAAACAGACAUAG